CGGCAAGUUUUCCUUAAAGUAACUUUCUCUGUGAUUAAGUUUAGUAGUUUUGCGGUGUCAAAGGCGAAGGAAUCACCGCAAAGAUGAAGUUGUGUAAAACUUUCCUCGAAAAUGAGUUCAGAGGGCAGCUGCUGAGCCAGAGGUGGACACGAGGGGACAGAGUCAGCAGCUGUGAGAGCAAGAGGAGUAGGAGACAAAAAAUGAGCCAAGACGCAGAUGAUAAGCGGACAAGGACACGCUCAAAAGGAAUCAGAGUUCCUCUUGAGCUUGUCGGACAAGAAUACAGCUGCCCUACUCCGGGAUGCGAUGGUUUAGGCCAUGUCAGUGGAAAGUAUGCACGACAUAGAAGUGCACUGGGCUGCCCGUUGGCCAAGAAAAGAAAACUCCAGGAAGCUGAAGAGAAUCUGCCAGCCCCUAAAAAAAAGCCUAAUCUCCUAAAGCUGGCCAUGGAUGAUGGGUUCAAUGCAGAUAGUGACACAAACAGUGAAACCGAAACAAAAGAUGAGGGAGUGGAGUCUGAAGAAGACACUGCUGAUAAGGUGAUGGAGGUGAAGGAAAAGUCACCUGCAUCAGAAGCAAUGACAGAAGAAAGUUCACAAGUGAACUUAGAAGAGAAAGAGACACCAAUCAGACAAACAAGUCCAGUGCCAGAGAUUGAAAUUGAAAAGGAGGAGGCCAAUAUUGAGAGCACGCCCAUCCAGCAAAUCACCAUGGAUACCGAGGCAGAGGAGGAGCUACAGGUUGCUGAAGAGAUUCAGGCAAGAGAGGAAGAGGUUGAGGAGGAAGCAGAAGAGAUUACAGAAGAGGAGCGAGUGACCCAGCAGCUGAAAGAGACCGACGAGCCUGUGACAACAGUUGAGGAAGAAGAGGAGGACGAUGAGGAAGAUGAAGAGGGGGAGGAGGAAACACAAUGUUUGAGCCAGAAGAACAACUCGGACCACCAGUACUUCAGCGGUGACUUUGGCAAAAUGCAGACCAAAGAGACUGGGGAGCUGGAGAGGGACAGUGAAGAUGAGGAUGAGGAAGGAGAUGAGGAGGAGGAGGAAGAACAAUCCCAAGUAGAGCCUUCCUCCCUAAUGGCCCCCGUACCCACUGUUUCAGCUCAGGAAUUAGAUGUGAUGACACAUGGCAACAUAAAUCUAGACCAUCAUCUUGGCGAAGAUGAGGAGGAGGAGGAGGAUGAAGAUGAGAGAGACGAUGCUUCAGAUAAAGACUCGCCCACUGUAGUCAUCGAGCUCGGUUCAGAUGGAGAGGAAGAGGAAGAAGAGGAAGAGGAGGAUGACGGAGAGGAGGAGGAGGAGGAGAUUGAUGAAGCAGAUGAUGAUGAUUUAGACAGCAUGUCACAGAGGUCAGAGGUCACUGAUGACUCGGAGACAUACGACAUGACACGAGGGAACCUGGGACUCCUGGAACAGGCCAUUGCACUUAAAGCUGAACAAACCGGCCACAGUUCUGAAGAGAGCUACUCUCCUGAGCAGCAGCCCUACCACAGCUUAGACGACAGGACGAGUAAGGUCAUGGACAUCGCCGCUCGGAGAGCAUACUAUGGCAAAGACGGUUCUAGAUUAGAGAAGAAGGAAGUAAAGUGCCCUACUCCAGGAUGUGAUGGCACAGGUCAUGUGACUGGACUAUAUCCACACCACCGCAGCCUUUCUGGGUGCCCACACAAGGACAGAAUCCCUCCAGAGAUCUUGGCAAUGCAUGAGAACGUACUGAAGUGUCCCACACCUGGAUGCACUGGGCAGGGACACGUGAACAGCAACCGCAAUACACAUCGCAGCCUCUCUGGAUGUCCUAUUGCUGCUGCAGGGAAACACAAAAGCCAUGACAAGCAGUCUCAGCCGCAGACCUCUGUCAUUGAUCCUGCCUCUGUAGGCUCAAACUCUGACAGAGUUCUCAGGCCAAUGUGUUUUGUAAAGCAGCUGGAGAUCCCUCAGUAUGGUAGCUACAGGACAAAUGCCAUGCCGGCUACUCCUCGUGCCAACCUGGCCAAGGAGCUGGAGAAGUAUUCCAAGGUGUCCUUUGACUAUGCAAGCUUUGAUGUACAGGUGUUUGGCAAGCGCAUGCUUGCACCUAAGAUGCCCACCAGCGAAACCUCACCUAAAGCCUUCAAAUCAAUAUUAAUUCCUAAAGCCCCAUCCCCAAGCCACAGCCUGUCUGGAGGCUACACCAAAAGCAGCUCCUCUUCCACCUCAAGUGGGUACGACUACACCCAUGAUGCCGAAGCCGCACACAUGGCUGCCACUGCCAUCCUCAACCUGUCCACCCGCUGCUGGGAGAGACCCGAAAACCUCAGCACCAGACCACCAGAUCAGGCCGGCAAAGACAUGGACAUUGAGGUGGAUGAAAACGGUACACUGGACCUCAGCAUGAAAAAACCCAAAAGGGAAGGAGUCAGGUCACCAGAUCCAUCCUCCUCCUCGUCAUCGUCUUCUCAACACCAUGGCGUCACCUCGCCUCACUCCAGCCACACCUACAAGCAAGAGGAGUGGGAGGGGCCUCUGGACUACACCAAGUCAAACCGACAGAAAGAGGAGGAGCCAGAGGAGGUGGAGUACACCACACACUCAUACGCCUCCUCUGAUGGAGAAGAUGAUGAUGGCACUCAGGAGGGAGCAGAGGACAGGACGUACCCCGGUGAGGUCACAACCUCCAGCUAUAAGGUCAAAUUUCAGCCCAAGGACCUCAAAAAAGAGAUCUUGCUAUGUCCCACCCCAGGUUGUGAUGGCAGUGGGCAUAUAACUGGGAACUAUGCAUCUCACCGAAGUCUCUCUGGUUGUCCCCUUGCUGAUAAAAGUCUUCGGACCCUCAUGGCUGCCCACACUGCUGAACUCAAAUGCCCUACCCCAGGUUGUGAUGGAUCAGGACACAUCACUGGAAACUAUGCUUCCCAUAGAAGUCUGUCUGGAUGUCCACGUGCCAAGAAGGGAGGAAUCAAAACCACCCCGACAAAGGAUGACAAGGAAGACUCUGAGCUCAUAAAGUGCCCGGUGCCAGGUUGUGACAGUCUGGGGCAUAUCAGUGGGAAAUACGCCACCCACCGCAGUGCCUAUGGGUGCCCGCUGGCAGCACGCCGGCAGAAAGAGGGCAUGUUAAAUGGCACACCAUUCUCCUGGAAGGCCUUCAAGACUGAGGGCCCGACCUGCCCCACGCCGGGAUGUGAUGGAUCAGGACAUGCCAAUGGCAGCUUCCUCACUCAUCGCAGCCUGUCAGGUUGCCCUAGAGCUUCAGCUAACAAGAAGAGAGCCAGGUUCCCAGGAGAUGACUACAUCAGCAAGAAAUUCAGGGCAAGUGAUGUGCUAGACAAUGAUGAAGAUAUUAAACAGCUAAACAAAGAGAUCAAUGAACUGAAUGAGUCGAACUCUGAGAUGGAAGCAGACAUGGCCAACCUCCACACACAGAUCUCAUCCAUGGAGAAGAACCUCAAGAGCAUGGAGGAGGAGAAUAAGCUGAUAGAGGAAAAGAAUGAGGCUCUGUUCAUGGAACUGUCAGGCCUGAGCCAGGCUCUCAUCCGCAGCCUUGCCAACAUCCGUCUACCACAGAUGCAAGAGCCAAUCACCGAGCAGAACUUUGACGCCUACGUGGACACGCUGACCCACAUGUUUACUGAUAAAGAGUGCUAUCAAAACCCAGAAAACCGAGCUCUGCUGGAGUCCAUCAACCAGGCCGUCAAAGGUAUCGAGGUGUGAGCAGCUGAAAGACACUGUGGGUUGAAUAACCAGACCAACUACGUGAAAAAAAAAAAAA